AUGUGCGCAGGAUUUCCACCGAUCGGCGCUCCACCAAUCGACCCUUUGCAUCAGCUGCCUCCCUUGACGUGGCGCUCCAACUCCAGAGGGCUGGACGUCGCAUUCCGCCUGGACAACGGCCGCCACACCGGACUGGGACGCUCCAUCGUGGAUAGCCUUCAAGUGGAUACCAUUAACCAACGCAUCCGCGUCGUUACCCACAUCGAUGGCGCCAGCACAUUAGAAGGCACAUACACUCUGGCCGCCCGCAUACUUGGCAUACCUCUGGAAGGCACUGGGCUCUUCAAGGUUACUAUGAAUGGCGGCGGUGCCGACGUCACGUAUUCUGGACACCUAGAGACCGGCGAGGGUGGACGGCCGUACCUCAGACUGGACGCCACCCACGUCGCACUGGCCAUAGGCGAGUCUCAGUACGAACUCACUGGCCUCUUCGGGGACUACCAGCCUCUAGGGAGGAGGGCAGUGAGCAUUCUGGUUGUAGUAGAUUAUGUCAGCACUUUUUCCGGCGUCAGCGUCAAGCUGAGAUUAUUGUCCUUGUUACGUUCAAGGUCGCCCAGCCCCUUCAUUCAAGGUCUGUACAACAACCGGAAGAUGGGUGGUAGAUCUGGAAUAUUUACUCUGUUUGGUGUACCUGGAGAAGGUUGA